AUGGUAGCUAGCUCAGACACCUCCGCCGGGUCGCCGCACCGUCUCCGGCGUGGCGGCCACGCUCGGACGGACGCACCGACGCCCGCCAAGACCCGUCCAGUGCCCCCGGCUUGCGGAACAGCGCCAAGAGGAGCCGCUCGCCUUGCGCCCGGCCACUCACCCUCCUCGCUGAGUCCGGAUCCCAAACCGACGCCCCUGCUGCGGGUCCUGAAUCCCAAGUUGCCCCGAACCAGCGACUGCUCUCGUUCUAGAGAACCCUGCACACCGGUUCGGGCGGGCACCUCCGAGAGAGCACGACAAGCCCGGCGGGCGCCCCGGCUCAGCGGCCGCCCGGAACGCGUUGACAAUUCAUGGACCUGCUCAGCGAAUGAGGCGGACCGCGGGGCUGAGGCUACCGGGCUCCGGAGGGAGGCGGGGCCGCGCGGCGGGCGAGGCGGAGCCAGCCCCUGGGAAUCCGGGCGGCCGCUGGCUGGGCCGAGCGUCCCGCUCCGCCCCGCCGCCGCCGUCCAAUCCGUCGCUGCCGAGGCCUGGCGCGGAGACGCGCCGGCGGCAGAUAAGUUGGCUGCGGUGGGCAGCCUGGGCUGCAGACUGGCGCUGUGGGGGCAGCCGUGCGGGGAUUCGGGCGUAUUGGGAGGGAAGUGGUGGCCCCAAGAGACCCUGUCUGAGAGAGGCUUGGGGCCACCCAGACCCCUAGGGGUCGCGGCGUAUCGGCAAGCUGUGGAGGGAGAAGCCCAGCCGCGGCGCGAACAGACUCCGGGUCGACAACGCCCACACCUGGCGUCCGCGGGAGGCGCCGAACUUGGCCCCGAGGGAGCCCCAGCACUCGGAAGAAACCGAGACCCAAAGAGGUCAUUGGUUUAUUCUUCCCAGCACACCUGGGGAGUACAUCCAUGCUGUUAUCCUCUGUUCACAGCUGAGGCAACUGAGACUGAAGGAGGCAAAGUGUUUUGUCCAAGAACGCAACAGGGGCAGGGUGAGAAAUCGUGCAUUUAUUCAAUCAUGAGUCUAUUCAGCAUCUACCCUUGGCAAGGCACCACGGUGUGGAGUGCACAGCAAUGGGAACUAUAUCCGUGGUUUCUGCCUUGUAGGGAGUCUGCUGGGGCACUAAGUGUUUUGUGGAUUAUGUCUCUAGACAGUAAGGACCAGGGUUUAGAGGAGGAGAAGGUGAGUCCCUCAGGAUUCCUGGAAACAGUGGGAUUUGUGGUGCUUGAGAGAUGGGUAGAGUUUUGGCAGAUGGAGGCUAAGGGUGAUCAGAAUGCCAGAGACCGAGACAGGAAUGUGAGCAAAUUCAAGGCGUACUGAAGAAUGCUUGAUUACAGCAGGACAGUUGUCAGCCAAGGGCUGGUGAGGAGAAAGGAGCAGAUUUUUUAGCAUACUGAAUACCUAGCUAAAUAUAUAGAUUUUAGCCUGUGGGCAAUGGGAGCUCAACUCCUCUCUGACUUCUUCCAUUCCCUCAUUAUUCUAACAUGUACUGAGUGCUAAUAUACGCUUAGUCUCCAGAUGUUUUCUCAUACCUUGGCUUUUCUAACCUGUGCAGCAUUCCAAUGAGAUACAUACUAUAAUUCCUUCUCAAGUGGAUGUGAAAACUAAUGCAUUUAGAAAUUCAGAAUUGCCCACCAUCAUGGAAGUAAUAACUGACAGAUGUGGAAUUUGGAAAACAGCACCUUUGACUUUUUCGUAGGUACUUAUGGAAAGAAGGGGUGUGGAUUCUGGAUACUGUACUCAUGAUGCCCAUCUAACACUGUUCCCUUCACCCUAGUUUGGUGUCUUUCUAGAAAUGAAAAGUGAAUAGGAGAAAAAGAAAAUUUUCUUAACAUGUAAGUUGUUUGAUUUCUAAAGUCAGUUGUGGGUCAAAAAUAAAGAUACAGGGUAUUUCCCCCUAUUUUCUGUGCUCUCCAGCUAACAACAAAUAUCUGCAUUUUGAUAACUUUAGUCUUGGGUCUGUAAUAUAUUUGGAUCUCAGCUUAGUUUUUCCACUAAGCCAGAAUCUCUCUCUGGAGUUGGUCAACUUGGUCUCUAAUCCUUUCCCCUUAGCAUGCAACCCAACCUGUUUAUCAUAGUGCCCUGUGAGGUCUCCAUCUCAGCUUGAAUUUCGCCCAUCAAGAAAUAGCUUUUCCUCUCCAGAUGCAGGCUACUAAUUAGCAUUUUUACUGUUUAAUCAUCAGGACUAAAAUACAAGUGAGAGAAGUAUUAUUGUUAAUCCAAAAAUACUUAGAAAGGAAAAAGAUUGCUUAUUUAAAUCUUCCUAUAAAGAAAGAGAUGCUCUCAGGAGGUAGGUUUGUACUUAGGUGACAUAAAAAGUAAAACUGAAAAUUUUAACAUUUGUUAAUAGGGUGCUUCUCAUUGAUACGGUUUGUGGAGAGUUUCUUUGGAGAAUUCCUGUCCGUGAUCAGUCAGAGAAAUCUUCCUCUAGAGCAAAAUAUCUGCUACAAAUGAGAGGCCAUUGUUGACCCUCUACAUGAAGACAAAUGGGAAAUCACUGAAAUGGGGCAUUUCAAAUUCCCAAAUUCAGUGUAUAGCAUUCUCCUUGUCUCUCAACCCUCUAAUGCCUUGUUUGGCUCUGCCCAGAUUAUAUUUUAUCACCUAAGCGAUAGAGAUUCACAAGUAAGUAGUUGAGUGUUUCUCCAUGUUUUUUGUUUGUUUGUUUGUUAAAGAAGUUGAAAGAAAGUAAACUUGUAAGGAUCAUUAAAUUUUAUAUAAGAUCUUAAGGAGCCCAUGUGAAAGGCAUGGAAAACAAGCACUGGACCAGAAAAUUGUAUCUGAUUUCUCCUCUAUCUUAAAAUGCUGUAAGUUUUUCCUGUGCUUUCAAGGAGAGCAGGAGUCUGGGACAAGGUGGUCUGAGUUUCAGUGAGAAAAGUGAGAAAACUAAUCCAUGUUAUCUUGGCUUCUAGAUCUGCAAAGCAGGGAUGCUUACCUUGAGAGACAGAGAAAACAAACCUUGGAAAGACUCAGAGGAAAUCAUACAACUCAUUGUAACCAUUUGCAUCUCUUUACAAAGAAAAAAAUCACAAUACAUACUUCUGGGGAUUUUCCAUAUUGAUGGAAGAAAGUGUUCAAGAUACCAAAGUGAAUCCCACUGAAGGCAUGUAUUAGCAUUAAUUUCUCCUAACUAUUAAAAUGAAGCCUGUGUGGUUCUUUCUCCCCUUAAGAUGGUCAACAAAACUGCUGAAACUCUGAAAGAGGAUUGAUGUAGAAACAUGCUAGAAUUAACCUUAUUUUAAAAACAGUAACUAUGAAUAAUAGAGGACUUUUCCAACCAGUAAGACUCUGUGCACUGAGGCUCUUUGCACAGGAACUUCUGAAUUCUGAACAAGGUUUGACAGGAUAUUGCAGGUAGCAAAAUACUGUGUGAGAAGUUAAUAACAUUUCAUCUCAGUGCCUGCUGAAGGCCAAUCUAGGAUUCCUCAGAAAACCAGCAUGUCAGCUGAUGACCCUGGGAGUCUUUGUGGGGAGGUUGUUGGUGUUGUCCUGUCUAAAGGACCCAAAGUCGUUGAGUGAGAACAUCUCAAGGAACUUUUUGUAGCCUCCACAGUAACCACUACAAUAUACUAUCCACAGAUAUAAAUACUCAAUAAAGAUUUAUUUAAUGGAAUUUAAUUGUUAGCAGGUCCUGAGCUUGACUAAAGCAGACAACUGCUCUUGGGAAUACAACCAAACCCAGGAGCUCAAAGAGAAUAGAGCAUAGUCAAGGUCAAGUGUCCCCAGAAAGGUCAUGCUUGUUUAGUUCAUAGCUCAGAUCAGUUGUGGUGGAUAUGAAGGCACUAAUUCCCAUUCAGAGGCACAGAUACCACUCAUUUGUACAUGAAUUGGAAUAUAUAAUGGGACCUGGCCCUUGAAAGUUUUGUGGCCCUUUCAAAGCCAAAAGGAAAGAGGGAAAACUGUAUCUGUUUUCUGAUUCCCUUUUCCAAGAAGCUGAAAAUACAUUGCAAAUGAGCCCUUAGUUGUUGUGUGUCACUAUUCUUACAAAACCUAUCUUUGGUUCCAAGGUUGGGAACUUGUUCUGCCUUGCUUUCUCACUCACCUCCAACUGGGCUAGGUCUCGAAGUCUCAUUUUGACCAUAUAUUCUUUCAGCCAGGUGGGAGAGAUGAGAAGAGGCUAAAUAUAGCCGUAUAAAAAACAACCAGCCAACUAGAAAGCACCUUCAGGCUUAACAUCAACAGUGAGUAUGUAGCAUUAGCUUCAAGUCGUGUGUGAACAAGCACAAAUAUUUUCUAAGAAUAUUUUUCAGAAGAGGGUAUUUUUUAGAUAUAAUCUCUAAAUUGUAUUAUAAAUGAUAAAUGGGCAAGUUAACUAACUUUAUUUCAGGUAUGUUUUACAUAUAUGCUGCCAUGAUUAGCUCUGUCUUUCUUUGUGACUAUAGAUUAUGUCAGUCAGUUUAUUAGUCUUGCUGGAAAGAGAGCAUUGCCAUACUAUGGUAUUGGGAAAGGAUCUUUGAGAUGAUGAUGAAGGUUGUAGGAAAGGCUCAAGUUUGUUUUGAUAUUUGUUUCAUUUUAAAAGGCUGUGACUAGCACUUCAUACCUGUCUAAUAAGCAUGCAUGUAACAUUUUUAUGUUUGCUGAAUGCCUUAAAGUCCCCCAUUAGUCUCCACCAUACCCCUUGAGGGUGGGUUAGUAUUAAAACCAACAGUUUACAUUUGAGGAGAUUUAAGACACAAAGGGAUUAUGUGAUUUAUACAAGGUCACCCAGCAUGCAAGCCUAGCUAAUAAAAGAUGACUGCAAAGCUCUUUCCAAAUAAAAUUGCCUUAUAAACAUUAGGUGGUAUUAAUGGGCAUGAUCCCAGGAUGAGUAAAAUACUCUCUAGGAGUAAAGUGCUCAUACACACUCUAUAUGAUUAAUUCUUUUUAACCUCGGGGCAACUUUUGAUGUAGGAAUUCUUGAACCUGGCUAUGCAUCAGAAAUGUCUUAAUAGUUUUGAGAACAUGUGAGCACCUGGGCCCCUACCCAAGCUGAGAAACCAUAAUCUGGGAGGCGGGACCCAGAUAAUUUGUAUCUUAUAAAAGCUCCACAGGGGAUUGUGAUGCUCAGCCAGGGUGGAGAACCACUAUCCUAGACUAUAAUAACCUCAGACAAGCCAAGAGCAACAAGAUACCAUGGAGUCAGUUUAGGAGAAAAUUCUAGUGUCUUCCAGGCUUCCGUCUACCUAGUUCAAAACUAUUAUUAGCAAAGGAACUGUGUCCCUGAAAGACUCAACUGUAUCCAUGUAUGGAAUUUCAGGAAAUAGGGCCGAGAUUAAAGUUUAUUUAAGAACCAUGCAUGUGGG